CCUUGGUGCUGUAUAGGGUAUAGCUCCCUUGUGUCCCCUUCACUCCUACGCUCCCACCUGGAAGCGCGGGUGGGAGAGAGCAAAGUUGGUGUGUUCGAUGAAGGUCGGAUAUGAAGACCGGUGAAGUCUCCUUUGCUAUAAGUCGUAGCCAUGUCCCCGCCCACCUUGAACACACAAAGCACACUCUCCGCAUGACCAUACGCACAAAUUCCUGUCUCCUCGGCUUGUGUGCAUCGUUACAGGACCAUGUUCCAUCUUGGCGUUUUUUGCAUCAUGUGCGAUUGGGUCUUUUGGCGCGUGCCUUGCCUAGACUGUCACUCCUCAGCUUCUACCCAGCUACGACUAUAUCAUUCCGAGCUCCUACUGAAAAUCAAGAAGGAAAGCCGGGCCUGAACUAUGGCAAGCAACAUUACAGAAUGUGCUAUUCUUCCUGGAGGACAUAACUUGGCAGCCAUCCCACCUCUCCUUCCAUCCCCUUCCCUCAUUCAAAAUCCAAGGCACCUAAUCAACGUGCAGGUUCCAAAUAGAUAUGAUGGGGGAACGCAGGGUUGCUUCCCGGUGCAAUGCCUCAAGCCGGCGGGAGAUAAUGCAUCCGAUCCCCCCUUUUGAGAUAGAGCGAUUCCCCCCUUCUCUCUCUCUCUCUCUCCCUACCAUGCAUGGUUCAAGCUUGCAACUCUAGGUACACUUGUCACGGCUUGCUGGCAGGGCCGUACGUCAAUCUAUAAUCCACAACACUACCUAGACUAGUA